UUCCCAAAUUUAAUGCGAUAGAUUAAGAGAGAGAGACUUUUUAAAAGUCAUAAAGUUCGUAAGCGUUAAGUUAGAGAGCGCAUGCAAAAAGAAGAAAAAGUUCCAAAACAAGAUUUAUUUUUAUUCUCUCUUCAUCUGAUUUAUACCUUUCUUCAUCUACUUGUCAAUAUCACUGACUCUUCGUCCACUUUUUCUACAAAUCCCAAAUCUUUGUAGGAAUCAAAUCAAAUUUUCAUUUUAUUUCUGUAACUUUCGUGUGUGUUUUAAUUCAUUCUUCUCUCUCUCAAGAUCAUGAAGAACAGCGAAGAACAAAUGAGGUCACUGUUUGGAAUAAGUCUUUCCGAUAAACCAAGAUGGAAACAGUUUCUCAUAUGUUCCUCUGGAUUCUUCUUCGGUUACCUUGUUAAUGGCGUCUGUGAGGAAUAUGUGUACAACCGGCUCAAAUUCAGUUAUGGAUGGUAUUUCACGUUUGUGCAAGGACUCGUGUACAUUGUAAUGAUUUACCUAAAUGGCUUCACAACGAAGCAAAUGGUGAAUCCAUGGAAAACGUACGUGAAGUUAUCUGCUGUUCUUAUGGGAUCUCAUGGUCUCACCAAAGGCUCAUUGGCUUAUCUCAAUUACCCUGCGCAAAUCAUGUUCAAAUCAACUAAGGUUUUACCGGUUAUGGUAAUGGGAGCAUUUAUACCGGGGUUAAGAAGAAAAUACCCGGUCCAUGAGUACAUAUCAGCUAUGCUACUUGUGAUUGGUCUAAUCUUAUUUACAUUAGCCGAUGCCCAUACCUCCCCAAACUUCAGCAUAAUUGGGGUUAUGAUGAUCUCAGGCGCUCUCAUCAUGGACGCCUUUCUCGGUAACUUGCAAGAAGCCAUAUUCACGUUGAAUCCUGACACAACACAAAUGGAGAUGCUGUUCUGCUCGACAGUAGUUGGUUUACCGUUCUUGAUUGCACCAAUGAUUCUUACCGGAGAGCUUUUCAGAGCCUGGACUUCAUGUGCUCAACAUCCGUAUGUGUAUGGAGUGUUGGUGUUCGAAGCCAUGGCUACAUUUGUGGGACAAGUCUCGGUUCUAUCCCUCAUCGCCCUCUUUGGGGCAGCCACAACCGCUAUGAUAACGACGGCGAGAAAAGCGGUAACGUUGCUACUAUCUUACUUGAUAUUCACAAAGCCUUUAACGGAGCAGCACGGUACGGGAUUGUUACUCAUCUCUAUGGGCAUUAUUCUCAAGAUGGUUCCGGAUCCCAAUCCAAACCGGAAACCGAAACAUUCGAGUUCAGGUCAAAUAACCGGGAAGUUGGAGCUGGUGAAAUCUGAGAAGGAAGGCGCUGAAGAGAGUAGGCCUUUGGUCUAAUAAUCAACCAACAAGAUGUGGAGUUUAAACCUUUAGUUCUUGGUUCGUUUCUCAUUUUAUAUUAUUUUAUCUUGAUACACAUUAUGGUGUUUCUAGCAUUAGAAUUCCUGAUUAACAUUGUAUUUUGGAUCAAAACCUUCAGUAAUUUAAUUUGAAAAUUAACAGAAAAAUACAAAUUUAAAG